AUGGGAGACAACAAGACCAGCGGGCGGGUAGCAGCCGCCAAGAACCGCCUGCAGGUGGUGAAGGGUUUGGAGGAUAUGGAGGUGUGCGAGUGUGAAAGCUGCCUCUUGGAGGUUGUAUUGAACCUGUCCUACAUAGAGGGCGUGUGGACCCGUGACAGCAUCCCACUCAAGUCGAAACCCAACUGCCGAAUCAGCGCCCAUGGGAAGACACACACCCUAACGCUGAGCAGGACGGCUUUAGGAGAUGCCGGCAUCUAUCACUUCCAGGCCGGCAGUAUUCAGACCUCAGGAAGACUCCUCAUCAGAGCCAGAGACAUCUGUAUAGAGAGGGAACUGGAGGAUGUUGACAUCAUGGAGCGUCAGACAGUCAACUUCCUGUGUGAGGUCAACCAGAUGGACGUUGAUGGUCGAUGGUACCGAGAUGACAGCCGGAUCCGACCCAGUGACAACAUCAAGAUCAGACACCAGGGUAAAACCCACAUGCUGUGCUUUAAGUCGGUCAGACCAGAGCAUGCUGGAGAGAUCAAAUUUACUGCAGAGCGGGUUUCCUCUUAUGCUACCCUCACAGUACAAGAGCUACCAGUUCAAAUAUUGCGUCCCCUGAGGGUCAAAAUCGCCAUGUACCGCCACCGGGGCCUCCUGGAGUGUCAAGUGUCGCGGCCCAAUGCUCAGGUCAGGUGGUAUAAGAACAGGAGGGAGCUCCUGCCAAGUAAGAAGUACCAGCUGAUCAGCCAGGAUGUGUACAGGCAGCUGACCAUCGAUGACGUCUGCUCCUCAGAUGAAGACACCUACACCUGUGAUGCAGGAGAUGACAGGACUUCCUGCCAGCUCCUGGUGGAGGAGCAGGCUAUCGGCAUAGUGCGGGGGAUGAGUUCAGUGGAGGUGACGGAGCCAGAACCGUCCCUGUUCCAGGUGGAGACCAGUCUGAGGUCAGGGAGGCCUCCGAGGUGGACUCUGAAUGGAGAGGUGCUGGAGUCCGGCCCCAUGGUUAGCAUAGACAGGGAGGGCACUGUCCACAGUCUCUGCCUCACUUCCACAGACAGCUCCAUGUCUGGACCCGUGGUCUUCACAGCUGGCAAGAGCCGCUCUGAAGCUCAGCUCACCGUCAAAGAGCGCCCUCUUCAGGUGGUCAACCACCUGGAAGAUAUUGAGGCUAAGGAGAACAGCUCAGUGACUUUGAGCUGUGAGUUUACCCCCUCCCCCAGGGUGGUGCGCUGGUUCAAAGGUCGCACAGCUUUGAAGAGCUCCAAUAAGUACAGUAUGAAGAGAGAGGGAAGACAAGCGCUGAUGACCAUCCACGGACUCGUGGGGAUGGACGGGGGGCAGUACCACUGUAUGGCGGGGGGGUCAAAGAGCACGGCACAGGUCAAGGUAGAAGUACGAAGGCUGAAAUUGGUCAGACACCUUGAGCCGGUAGAGGUGGAGGAGGACGGCAGCGCCACAUUCUCGUGUGAGCUUAACUACGUAGUAGCCAAUGUGGAGUGGCUCAUUAACAGCACCCGCCUCUAUGCCAACUCCAUCAACAGGAUCCACCACAUGGGCACCAUGCACAGGCUUACCAUCAAGAGGCUCCGCCCACAAGAGAGCAUGGUCACCUUCAAGGCCGGCCUUUUCACUGAGACGACCACACUCAAAGUCAAAGAGUGCCCUGUGGUCUUCCUCAGGCCCUUAGAGGAUGUGACAGGGGAAGAACAAAGAAAAGUCUGUCUACAGUGUGAAGCUUCCAAGGAGACGGUGACCCCCAUUUGGAAGAAGGAUGGUGUGGUCCUGACCCCCAGUGAUCAACAUGAGCUGCUGCACUUUGGGAAGUCCAUGGCCCUCAUUGUCCACCGUCUGAGCAAGGACGAUGCUGGGGAGUACAGCUGUGAAGUCGGCACCAGUCAGACUAAGGCUAAGGUCACCGUACAUGACCUGCACAUCACCAUCGCCCAGCGUAUGAAGACAGUGUCCGUCCUGGAGGGUGAGAGCUGCUCUUUUGAAUGCCUCCUCUCUCAUGACAUCACCGAUGAGCCCUCCUGGACCAUCAAUGGCCAGCUGGUGGUCACCAGCAGUCAUUUCCAGGUCAUCAAAAAUGGCCGCCGUUAUAGGAUGACCAUCAGAGACGUCAUCCUGUCUGACGCUGGAGAUGUGGUUUUCACAGUUAAUGAGCUAGGCUGCAGAACCAUGCUGUUUGUUAAAGAGAAGCCCGUGCACAUCUUUAGGGACCUGCUGAAUGUCAAGGCAGUUCCAGGGGAAGAUGUGGAGCUGAGCUGUGAGAUCACCAAGCCGGACGCCACCAUUCGCUGGCUGAAAAACGGUCACCAGAUCCGGCAGGGCCCCAAGUAUGUCAUCAGUGUGGAGAAGAACCUGGUACGCCUCAUGAUCCUGAGUGCCACCAUCAGAGACUCGGGGGAGUACUGCUGUGAGGCAGACGGCAUCGCCACCCGCGCCAAGCUGGACAUCAGAGAGCUCCAGCACACGUUUGCUCGGGAGCUCCGAGACACACGGGCAGAAGAGAAGGGAAAGGUGACCCUGGAGUGUGAGACCAGAAGGCUGGCCAAGCGGGUGACUUGGCUGAAGGGCAUGGUGGAGCUAAAGCCUGGCAGGAAGUACCUCCUGAGGCAGAAGGGCGUGGUGCUGUCACUGACCAUCACCAGCCUGGAGAAGUCAGACACCGAUGUCUACACCUGUGAUGUGGGCACUAUGCAGAGCCGGGCAAUGCUAACCGUGCAAGGCCCGAAGGUGUUGAUCCUUGAUGAACUGGAGGAUGUAGAGUGUCUGGAGGGUGAUACAGUCAUGUUCCGGUGUCGGAUCUGCCCCAGCGAUUACACGGCAGUCAAGUGGUACCUGGACGAGACCUUGCUCUACACCAACGAUCUCAACGAGAUCCAAGCAGUCCCGGGAGGGUACCACACACUCACAUUCAGACAGCUUGCCCGAAAAGACACCGGCACCAUCUCUUUCGAGGCUGGGGAUAAGAGGUCCUACGCCUCACUGCUGGUUAGAGAGAGGCGUCCCACCAUCACCAAACCACUGGAGGACUGCGAGGCCAUCGAAGGUGGUGGAUUGGUGCUGUCCUGCUUGACCUCCAAGCCAUGUCACAUCCUGUGGUACAAAGAUGGCUGCAUGAUGUGGAACUCCUCAAGGUACUUCACCAGUCGUUCAGGCUGCGAGGCCAGACUGACCAUCCGGGAGGUCUGUAACAACGACGCGGGGGUGUACGAGUGCAGCGCAGGGUCUGUUACCACCAGGGCCAUUGUGAGCGUCAAAGCCAUACCAGCAGAGUUCACCAAAUCUCUUGAGACUGUGGAGGCAAAAGAAGGGGAGUCUGUGACCCUAACCUGUGAAUACUCCCUGCCUGGUGUCGUGUACCACUGGAAGAAGGGUGCAGAGAGCCUCCGACCAGGUGACAGAUUCAUGAUGAAACAGAGGAAGACCACCAUCUCCUUAACCAUCACAGCGCUGAAGCCCGAGGACUCAGGAGACUACACCUGUCAUUGCCGAGAUCACCGCACUACAGCGAGCCUCAGUGUCAUUGCCAUCCCUAUCACCUUCAGACAACAGCUGAAGAAUGUGCAGGCGCUGGAGGGAGCCAGCGUCGUGCUCCGCUGUGAGUUGUCCAAACCGGGAAUACCAGUCGAAUGGAAGAGGGGAGAUGAGCCACUGAAGAAUGGAGUUAAGUUCCAGAUAAGGAAAAGAGAAACUUCACUGGAGCUCCUCAUCUGGAAACCUCUACCGGAGGACAGUGGUGUCUACAGCUGUGUGUGCGCUGAUCAGAAGACAUCAGCUGCCGUCAAAAUCACUGCUCUCCCGGUCACCUUCAAGCAGAAGCUUAGGAACGUGGUCAUCGAGGAGGGCAACAACGCUACUUUACGUUGUGAGCUGUCUAAACCAGGUCAAAUGGUGGAGUGGAGGAGGAGAGGAAGGGAGGUCAUAAAGAACGGAGAGAAGUACCAGGUGCGGCAGAGGGACAUGCUUCUCGAACUGAAAAUCCUAGAUGCCAAGCCAGAGGACAGUGAUAGCUACACCUGCCUCUAUGGAAACAUAGAAACCACUGCCACGCUGACUGUCAAUGCCCUUCCAGUCACGUUCAAGCAAAAGCUCAAGAACCUUCAAGUCGAGGAGGGCCACAGCAUCACGCUUAAGUGUGAGAUCUCCAAGUCGGGUGUCCCAGUGGAGUGGCGGCUGGGAGGAGAUGUUUUGGAGAAUGGAGAGAAGUAUCAAAUCAAACAGAGGGAGUUCCUUCAGGAGCUCAUCAUCAGAGAUGCAAUCUUUGAGGACAGUGGGGUCUACUCCUGUGUAUGUAGGGAACAGAAGACCAAGUCUACAGUCAAAGUCAUCAUGCUCCCUGCCACCUUUAAAGUGUGCCUGAAGAGCCAGGAGGCACAAGAGGGGAGCAGUUUGACCCUGCGCUGUGAGCUGUCAAAGAAGAACGUCCCCGUUGAAUGGUGGAAAGGUGAUGAGGUGCUGUCAGAGGAGGUGUACAGAGGGAAGUAUCAGAUGAAAGUGGAGGGAAAGAUAGCAGAGAUGACCAUUCUCAGUGUUCAACCAGAAGAUGCUGGAAAGUACAGCUGUGUCACAGGAGAUGAGAAGACCAUGGCUGAAGUCAGAGUGAAAGGCCUUCCUAUCACAUUCAGGCGAGAGCUCCAGCAUCUCAUAGUUAUGGAGGGGGACAGUGUUUUUUUUUGCUGUGAGCUGUCUAAGCCUGGAGCCCGUGUGGAAUGGAGGAGGGGCAGGGCUAUCCUCAAACCUGGAGACAAGUAUGAAAUGAAGCAGGAGGGCCGACUGACCAAACUGGUAAUCAACAGUGUGGAGGAGAGUGAUGCAGGCAAUUACAGCUGUAAAACCAAAGACAGCCAGUCCACCGCUGAGCUCACUGUCAAGGAGUCAACUGAGUGCCGAUGUGAAAGAGGUUUACCCCCCAGUUUCAAGCUACCUCUAGUUAACUAUGAUGUGAUGGAGGGCAACAACGUGAUUCUGCGCUGUGAGCUGACCAAACCAGCCCCCUUGGUGGAAUGGAGGAGAGGAGAGGAGCUGCUGUGGCAUGGAGACAAGUACCAGAUGAGGAAGAAGGACCUGCUGGUGGAGAUGAAGAUUACAGACGUCAGUCUGGAGGACAUUGGAGAGUACUGCUGUAUUUGUGGAGAGCAGAGGAUGACAGCUAGGGUCAUGGUGAAAGAACGUCCGAUCACCUUCAUCCAAGAGCUGAAUAAUAUUCAUGUUGAGGAGGGAAACAGUGUGGCUCUCCGCUGUGAGGUCUCUAAACCCGGGGUUGUGGUGCAGUGGAGGAAGGGAGAUCGUCUGCUUUCCAACAGAGAUAGAUACCAGAUGAAGCAGAGCAGCUCCAUCCUGGAGCUCUUCAUCAGGAAAAGCCAGCCAGAGGACAGUGGUGUUUAUAGCUGCAUGUGCAAUGACUUGAAAACCACCGCCACCAUCACCAUCACCGCUAUCCCAGUGACCUUCAAGCAGAAGCUGAAGAACCAAGAGGUGGUGGAGGAAAGCAGCAUGACGCUGCGCUGUGAGCUGUCCAAACCAGGAGUUUCUGUGGAGUGGAGGAGAAAUGACAAGCUCCUGAAGGACGGAGACAAAUACCAGAUGAAGCAGGAGGGCAGGGUGGCUGAGAUGCUGAUCAGAAAUGUGGACCUGCAGGAUGCUGGGGAGUACAACUGUUCCGUGGGAACUGUCAUUACCUCAGCUGACAUCAAAGUUAGAGCCCUUCCCAUAACAUUUAUAAAAGAGGUGGAGAAUUUGGAAGUUAAGGAGGGGGACAGCGGGGUCUUCUGCUGUAAACUGUCCAAGCCUGGAGCCCCAGUGGACUGGAGGAGAGGCAGGGCCAUCCUCAAGCCUGGAGACAAAUAUGAGAUGAAGCAGGAGGGCCGACUGACCAAACUGGUCAUCAACAACCUGGAGGAGAGCGACGCAGGCAAAUAUACCUGUAAGACCAAAGACAGCCAGUCCACCGCCGAGCUCACCGUCAAGGCUCCACCCAUCACAUUCAAAGUGAAGCUGAGGAGCCAGCAGGUGGAGGAAGAGAACAGCGUGACUCUGAGAUGUGAGCUUUCUAAAACCAGUCUCACUGUGGAGUGGAGGAAGGAAGAGGAGCUCCUGAAGAACGGGUUUAAGUACCAGGUUAAAAAGAAGGAGAGCAUCAUGGAAUUGACCAUCAGGAAUGCCCAGCUGGAAGACACAGGAACUUACAGCUGCAUAUGUGGUGACAUCAAGACCACAGCCAACAUCACCAUCACACCCAUUCCCAUCACAUUCAACAUGGGUCUGAAGAACCAGGAGGGCCGGGAAGGGGGCAAUGUGGUCCUCCACUGUGAACUGUCCAAGGCGGGGGUGCCAGUGGAGUGGUGGAAGGGGGAAGACCAGCUGUGUCAAGGGGGCAGGUACCAGAUGAGGCUGGAAGGGAAGACAGCAGAGAUGCAGAUCAGAAACAUCCAGCCUGAGGAUGUAGGGGUGUACAGCUGUGUUUUCGGGGAACAGAAAACCACAGCUGAAGUGAAUGUGAGAGCAGCUGCAUCAGUGUUCUUUGAGAAGGAGCUGGAGAGCCAGGUGGUGAUGGAGGGUAAACCAGUGGUAUUCUCCUGCGAGAUCUCCAGUGCCAAUGUUCCUGUCAGCUGGAAGAAAAACAAUGCUCCAGUGGAAGAAGGUGGACAUUACAUCAUCAAGAAGAGCGGAGCCAUGCACACCCUGGAGAUCAAGAAACUGUGUUUGGAGGAUGCUGGAGAGUACUGCUGUAUCACCAGGGGAAAGAAAACAACUGCCAAGCUUGUUGUUCGGGAGCGUGUGCGGAUUGUGAGGGAGCUGCAGGAUGUGACGGUGAUGGCAGGCGAAGACGCAGUGUUUGUGUGUGAGCUGAGCCACUCAGACGUGAGCGAGGGCGACUGGUGGCUGGGUUCCAGCCCGCUGCAGAAGAAUGAGAUGAAUCAGAUGACCAGCAGUGGUCGCGAGCACCGCCUGGUCCUCACUAUGACAACGCCUGAAGAGACGGGCACCGUGGCGUUUGUGGUUGGGGAGGAGAGGACCUCUGCAUGCCUGCUCGUGGUGCCAAAGCCCGAAGUUUUAUUUGAAGAGAAGCCUGAGGAUGUGACGACUGUGGAAGGGGAUACAGCCAUUUUGUCCUGCACCACCUCCAACCUCACCACCCCUGUUACCUGGAGACGAAACCAUGUCCCCCUCCUUAACGGGGACAAGUAUGACAUCCGUAAGGAGGGUAAAGUCAACCUGCUGCUCAUCCAUGAUGUGGAGCUUCUGGAUGCUGGUGUUUACUCCUGUGAUACAGGAGAUGCACAGAGCAGCGUCACACUCACUGUGAAAGAGCUCCCUCCAUUCUUCCAGGAGGAGUUGCAGAGUGUGGAGGCUGAGGAGGGAAGCACAGCCUCUCUGUCCUGUGAGUUGUCUAAGCCUGGGAUUCCCAUUCAGUGGAAGAGGGACAGGGUGCUACUCAGAGCCAACAGGAAGUAUGAGAUGAACCAAGAUGGAUGCCUGCUUCAGCUCCUCAUCAAGGAGCUCAAACUUGAGGAUAGUGGGAGUUAUUCCUGUCAGGCAGGAGGUGCAGAGACCACUGCAACUGUGUUGGUGAAAGAGCCCCCUCCAUUUUUCCAGGGGGAGUUACAGAGUUUGGAGGUUGAGGAGGGAAAUACAGCCUCUCUGUCCUGUGAGCUGUCUAAGCCUGGGCUUCCUGUUCAGUGGAAGAGGAACAGGUUGCCAUUAAGAGCCAGCAGGAAGUAUGAGAUGAAACAAGAUGGCCGCCUAUUUCAACUCCUCAUCAAGGAGCUGAAACCUGAGGACAGUGGGAGCUACUCCUGUCAGGCAGGAGGUGCAGAGACCGCUGCAACUGUGUCAGUGAAAGAGCUCCCUCCGUUCUUCCAGGAGGAAUUGCAGAGUGUGGAGGCCGAGGAGGGAAACACAGCUUCUCUGUCCUGUAAACUGUCUAAGCCUGGGCUUCCUGUUCAGUGGAAGAGGAACAGGCUGCCACUGAGAGCCAGCAGGAAGUAUGAGAUGAAACAAGAUGGAUGCCUGCUGCAGCUCCUCAUCAAGGAGCUGAGAGCUGAGGACAGUGGGAGCUACUCCUGUCAGGCAGGAGGUGCAGAGACCACUGCAACUGUGUCAGUGAAAGAGCUCCCUCCAUUUUUCCAGGAGGAGUUGCAGAGUUUGGAGAUUGAGGAGGGAAACACAGCCUCUCUGUCCUGUGAGCUGUCUAAGCCUGGGCUUCCUGUUCAGUGGACGAUGAACAGGCUGCCAUUGAGCGCCAGCAGGAAGUAUGAGAUUAAACAAGAUGGAUGCCUGCUCCAGCUCCUCAUCAAGGAGCUGAAACCUGAGGACAGUGGAAGUUACUCCUGUCAGGCAGGAGGUGCAGAGACGACUGCAACUGUGUCAGUGAAAGAGCUUCCUCCAUUUUUCCAGGAGGAGUUGCAGAGUGUGGAGGUUGAGGAGGGAAACACAGCCUCUCUUUCCUGUGAGCUGUCUAAGCCUAGGCUUCCUGUUGAGUGGAAGAGGAACAGGCUGCCAUUGAGAGCCAGCAGGAAGUAUGAGAUAAAACAAGAUGGCCGCCUAUUUCAGCUACUCAUCAAGGAGCUCAAACCUGAGGACAGUGGAAACUACUCCUGUCAGGCAGGAGGUGCAGAGACCACUGCAACUGUGUCGGUGAAAGAGCUCCCUCCAUUCUUCCAGGAGGAAUUGCAGAGUGUGGAGGUUGAGGAGGGAAACACGGCUUCUCUGUCCUGUAAACUGUCUAAGCCUGGGCUUCCUAUUCAGUGGAAGAGGAACAGGCUGCCACUGAGAGCCAGCAGGAAGUAUGAGAUGAAACAAGAUGGAUGCCUGCUCCAUCUCCUCAUCAAGGAGCUGAAACCUGAGGACAGUGGGAGCUACUCCUGUCAGGCAGGAGGUGCAGAGACCGCUGCAGCCGUGUCUGUGAAACAGCGCCCUCCAUUUUUCCAGAAGGAGUUGCAGAGUGUGGAGGUUGAGGAGGGAAACACAGCCUCUCUGUCCUGUGAGCUGUCUAAGCCUGGGCUUCCUUUUGAGUGGAAGAGGAACAGGCUGCCAUUGAGAGCCAGCAGGAGGUAUGAGAUGAAACAAGAUGGCUGCCUCCUCCAGCUCCUCAUCAAAGAGCUGAAACCUGAGGACAGUGGAAGCUACUCCUGCCAGGCAGGAGGUGCAGAGACCACUGCAACUGUGUUGGUGAAAGAGCUCCCUCCAUUCUUCCAGGGGGAGUUGCAGAGUGUGGAGGUUGAGGAGGGAAACACGGCUUCUCUGUCCUGUAAACUAUCUAAGCCUGGGCUUCCUGUUCAGUGGAAGAGGAACAGGCUGCCACUGAGAGUCAGCAGGAAGUAUGAGAUGAAACAAGAUGGAUGCCUGCUCCAUCUCCUCAUCAAGGAGCUGAAACCUGAGGACAGUGGGAGCUACUCCUGUCAGGCAGGAGGUGCAGAGACCGCUGCAACUGUGUCGGUGAAAGAGCGCCCUCCGUUUUUCCAGGAGGAGUUGCAGAGUUUGGAGGUUGAGGAAGGAAACACAGCCUCUCUGUCCUGUCAGCUGUCUAAGCCUGGGCCUCCUGUUCAGUGGAAGAGGAACAGGCUGCCACUGAGAGCCAGCAGAAAGUAUGAGAUGAAACAAGAUGGCAGCCUCCUCCAGCUCUUCAUCAACGAGUUGAAACCUGAGGAUAGUGGGAGCUACUCCUGUCAGGCAGGAUGUGCAGAGACCACUGCAACUGUGUCGGUGAAAGUACCAGAGCCUAUACCACCUAAGGCAGAGCCUCCCAGGACUUUACCUUGUUCAAAGCGGGCAGAACCCAAACCCUCUUCUGCUCCCGAAAAAGUGAUGCCUGGACAUCCAGACGUCAAGACAGCUCAGGAGUCCAAGAAGUGGGAUGUUGAACAAAUAACUGCUAUAGAGUCAAAAAAAGACUUGCAGCCCAGUGCAGAGCCACAACAACCAGUAAAGACUAUGCUGAGAGAGGUUCAUGAAGACCGAAGGGACAAACAUCCACCACUGUAUAUGGAAAAAAAUGUCGAAGUCAUACAGAAUGAAGUGAAGCAGCCAGAGAGGAAACAAAAUGAGAUAUCUGGAUUUGAUGAGAAAGUCAAACAACCAGUGAACUCACAGGAGAGAGAGACUGAGAUUGAGCAGAAGGUGACACAGACAUCAAGGACGUUGGAUGAUGCAAUUGAAGUUAACCAAAAGAGAAGACAAUCAGAAUGUCCCCUGGAAAGGAAGGAUGAGGUUGACCAGGAUGUGAAGGAGCCAGCAAGUCCUCAGGUGGAAACUGAAGUUGAUCAAAAGAAGUGGCUUUUAAGAUCCCCUGAGAAAAGAGGGACUGCCAUUGACCAUGAUGCAAAACGUUCAGUGAAGCCUUGGGAUAAAACAAGUGAAGUUGAAGUUGAUGAAAAAGUGAAAAAGCCUGAGACAUUUCUGCAAAAUGAAGGUGACAUUGAAAAAACAGGGAAACAGCCCUUAAAACCAGUAAAGUCUGUAGGCCAAAAAACAAUGGAGGAGCCUGAGGUGAAAUCUAUGUUGAAGGAAACUGACCUGGACAAGAAAUAUAGUGAGCCUUUGAAACCACCGGUACGAAUGAAAGGAAGGUCAUCAGAGGUGAAACCAACACCACCACAGUCUGCCCUGAAGGAAACUGGGGAAAAACAGUUUUUAAAGAUUGACGUAAAUGAUGUAGAAGAGGAAAAGAGAUGGAGAGAGCAUGUGCCACAAGUGGCCCUAGAGAAGGAGAGUGAAAAGAAGCCAUUGAAACCAGUAGUGAAAAUAGCUUCAAUAGACCAGCUGGACAAACAGUCAGUAGAACAGACUGUAGAAAAAGUGGCUGAAGUUGUCCCACCCAAGCCACCUGUAAGGACUAAAGGGAAGGCAAGGGGGGCAAUGGGAAGACAACAAUCAAGGGACAUCGAGGCAAGUGAAGAUGAAUACCAGCUAAUGAGAAAUGGGGAGAAAAAGACUGAGGAAGACCAGCUAGCAGCGAGGCCUGUGGAAAAAGAGGUUGAGGAGAAACCAGUUAUUCAGAGGAAACAGCCAGUCACAAAGGAAACAGAGAUAGACCAGAAAGUCAAACAGCUAGCAGAGGUUACAGAGAAAGAAGUAGGGGUUAAAAUGCCCAUCAAACAACCAGUGAAGCCCUUGAGAAAAGAGCCUGAGGUGGAUCAGGGGAUGAAGCUGACAGUGAAGGAGAAAGAGCAACCCCAGGUGACAGAAGAAGUUACUCUUCUUUACAUCUGUGAAGAUGAGACCUUCUCAGAGGCUCUGUCUAACCUAACAGUGACCCAAACCUUACCCUCCGGUAUGGGGGUAUCAACUCCAAAUACCUCCCUUUUUCCACCUAAGGGCCUCCAGGAACCACAACCCUCCACAGAGGCUGCACCAGACAUGAGCACCAGCAUUGAGGAUGAACCCGAGAUGCAGGAGGCUGCCAUCAAGAUCCAAGCUGCCUUCAAGGGCUACAAGAUACGUAAAGACAUGCGGCCGGCAUUCAAGGAGGUAUUUAAGAACCAGCGGGUAGAUGCUGAUGGUUCCCUCCAUCUGGAGUGUGUUGUAGAUGGGAAACUCAACACAGUGAAUUGGCUGAAAGAUGGUCAGCAAAUAACAAGUGACGAGCGACACUGUAUUGACACUUCAGAAAAUGGCGUCUGUGCACUGGUGGUCACUAACCUGACAUCUAAGGAUAGUGGCAUAUACACGUGUGAAGUGGUCAAUAAGUUUGGUGUGAUCUCUUAUAAUGGAAACAUAACAGUAGAACAGCCUCAGCAGCCGGCCCCGGCUGUCCGGAAACCAAUACACCCGACCCUUGCAACCAUAACCCCUCUCCAACCAGCCUCACCGAAGACUGAGUCCUCAGUUGAAUUGGAGAUGCAGGUCCCUGGUGAGACCAUUGGCUAUGUGGAGAGUGAAAGUGUUUCUCUUUGGGAGGCAUACACCCUGACAGAGCAGGAUGCCCAAAUGAGCCUCCAAGACAGGAGGAGAGCCUCGCUCAUCGCUGCUAGCUCAAUGUCCAGUCCUUCUGACUAUGAUACAGCCCCGGAUGUUUUGGAGCUGGUUGAGAUCAGCCCAAAAAUACUGAGGAAAGUUGCAAAACCACAGGUCGAAACAGCUCAAAAGGAUGAGAAAGAACAGAUCACUCCUGUGCAAACCCCGAAGAUGCUCUUGAAGGUCAAAGGUGCUGGUGAAGCCAGAAUGAGGACACCAUCUCCUAAACACACACCUUUAGCUGGAGCAAUCUCUGGAUCAGAGUCAGAUGGAGAUGAGGACAGAGGAGAGACGUAUGACAUAUAUGUGGCCAGAGCUGACUGCAGUCCCAACAGUGGAAAUAAAGAGCACUUUGUUCUGAAGGAGAGCCAGUAUGUAGAGGUCCUGGAUUCUGUCCAUCCUGGUAAAUGGCUGGUUAGGACAAAACCAACCAAAACAAGCCCUGCACGUCAGGGAUGGGUUUGCCCUGCCUACCUAGAGAAGAGGAGAAAGGAAACCCUUUCACCAAUGAGAGUGCCUCGGGAGUUGGAUGGAAUUGGGUCUACAGUAGAGGAGUACAGGAGAACAUCAAGCCAACUGAUUGAAGGUCUGAUUGCCGGGGAAGAAGAGUUUGUGAAGGAACUGAAGGAGUUCACCUUUCACCACCUCCAGCGGCUGGAGGCCAGCCAACAUGUCCCCAUUAACGUCCUCAACCAGAAAGAGACCAUCUUCAGGAAUAUGAAGGACAUCCUGACACUACAUGAAAGAUCCAUCCUUCCCGCUCUGAGAGACUGUAUUACAGACGAUGACGUGGCAGCACAUAUGGUCAAACAUGCUGAGGACUUUGACAAGUACCUUCACUACAUGGUGGGGCAAAGCCAGGCAGAGGCCUGCAUCAUGGACAAGAACAUCCAACAGUAUUUCAAGGAAACGACUGAAUCUGGCAACCCUGAAGCUCCAGACAUGGACGUCCUCACCUUCCUGCAGAGACCAGUAGAAAGAAUUCAGACCUACCAGGCUCUGCUUAAGGAGCUGAUCAAGAACAAAGCCAAGAGCGGCCAGAGCUGCUGUCUGCUGGAAGAUGUUUUCUCCAUGGUCUCCUGUCUACCCUGGAGAUCAGACAACAUGCACCAGGUCUCCCUCAUAGAGAACUACCCUGCUCCUCUAACCGCCCUGGGAGAACCUGUGCGACAGGGUGUCUUUACCGUGUGGGAGCAAUCUCCGGAAAUAAAGGCAACCUCCAGAGGACACCAGAGGCAAGUCUUCCUCUUCAAGGACUGUGUCCUCCUGUGUAAACUGAAGAGGGACCCCAGCAUGACCACUGAAACUUAUGCCUUCAAGAACAAAAUGAAGCUGAAUGACGUAGAGGUGAAGGAGGCGGUGGGUGGAGAUGAGAAGUCCUGGGGCUUGUGGCAUGAACACAGGGGUUCAGUGAGGAGGUACACACUGCAGGGACGCUCCACCCUCCUUAAGAUCUCCUGGCUGAAGGACCUGAAGGAGCUUCAGCAGCGUUCUGCUCUGACCGCCAGCUGCCCACCAGUGUUUGAGGUCCUCCUGUCUGACUGCACAACGGCCAUAGGACAGACAGUCAAACUUACCUGCAGGGUCACAGGGUCACCCAAGCCAACAGUCAACUGGCUCAAAGAUGGACUUCACCUUGAGGAUGAUCCCCACCACAUCAUCACUGAGGACCGAACAGGCAUGUGUACUCUCAUCCUGGACGGUGUCAUGCCAGAUGACUCCGGCCAGUAUGUGUGCUAUGCUACCAGCUGCCUGGGCAACGCUAGCACGCUGGCCAGGAUGGUGGUGCAGGCUCCACCCCGGUUUGUGAGUCGUCUGGAGAGCGCCUGUCUAAUGGAGGGAGAAGAUAUCCAGUUGGUCUGCUCUACCCUCACUGCUCCAUUACCACGAGUCAGGUGGUUGAAAGAUGGCAGAGAGUUGAAUGAUUGGCAGAAAUUCCACAUUAUGAACAACGCCCGCAGUGGAAUCCUGACUCUUACUAUUAUCAAUCCGACGGAGACAGACAUUGGACUGUAUGAGUGUGAGCUUUGGAAUGAGUUAGGCUGUGUCAAGUGCAAAGCAGGGCUGUGUCCUGCCUACGUGCCGCCUAUUGACUAUGAAAAUGACCAACCACAGGACUUGUCUCCUAAAGAUGCAGACUCAGAGGGCUGGUCCACUGCCCUUGUGAAAAAGUGGUUGCAGACAGACUUGAGCCCCACGUCUAUUGCGAAGAUGGUCUUUACUCCUGGAGACCCUGAACAGUAAAUUAAACCCCUGGGUGUCGUUCCCACGGCCACCACGGAGCAGGUGGUGCAUCUGCCCAUGUAUUACCCAGAGGAAGAAGAACAAGAACUGUACAUCUCAGAGUCCAUGCAGGAAAUACCCAACGCUCCACCAUCUGUCCAGGUACCUGCUGAGGACCUGAGCGUGGAGCCUGGUCAGUCGUGUAUCUUCACGGCCAUCAUCACAGGAAGACCAACCCCACAGAUAAAGUGGUACAAGGAUGGGGAGGAACUUUCAUCCAAUGAGAAUGUGGAGAUUGUACAACAUGGUGCCCGUUGCUCGGUGACCAUUAUUUGCCCUGAGGGUGAGGACGGUGGCAUCUACACCUGUUUUGCCUACAAUGACUCUGGGCACGCUUCCUGCCAGGCCCAGCUUACUGUGGAGGAAGCCCUACUGGAGUCCCAGGAGAGAGAGGUGGAGCUUGGGAAGAGAAGGAAGUUGUUCUCCGUCUACGACGUCCAUGAAGAAAUUGGAAGGGGUACAUUUGGGGUGGUUAAACGUGUGGUCCACAGAAGGACGGGUGAAGUUUUCGCCGCCAAGUUCCUUCCUCUCAGGAGCAGCACCCGGACCAGGGCCUUCCAGGAGAAAGACCUGCUGUCCCGCCUCGCCCACCCCAGAGUGGCCUGUCUGCUGGACUUCUUCUGCACCAGACACACCCUGGUCCUCAUCACAGAAGUCUGCUGCUCUCAUGGGCUUCUUGACCAUUUGCUGGUGAAGGGAUCGGUCACUGAGAAAGAGAUCCAGUCGUAUAUCCAGCAGGUCCUGGAAGGUGUUGGUCACAUUCACAGCAUGAACAUCCUGCAUCUGGACAUCAAACCUGAGAACAUUCUGAUGGUGUAUCCGCCCAGAGACGAAAUCAAGAUAUGUGACUUUGGCUUCUGCCAGGAAAUUGACGCAUCCAGACACCAGUACAGCAAGUUUGGAUCUCCAGAGUUCGUCGCUCCUGAGAUAGUUCAUCAGGAACCAGUCACUGUAGCCACAGAUAUCUGGUCUGUGGGUGUUAUCACUUAUCUGUGUCUGAUGUGCCGGUGCCCAUUUGUGGGUGAAACGGACCGGGCUACGCUCCUGAGAGUGGGAGAGGGAACCCUGAACUGGGACGCCCCUGAUGUCAUAUGCAGGAGCCCCGAAGCCCAAGACUUCCUCCACUUGGUCCUGCAGCCCGACCCCGAGAAGCGGCCAUCUGCUUUUGAAUGUUUGAGCCAUGAAUGGUUCCAGGAUGAAAAUGCAGGAGAAGAGACAGAUGAAAUCAACACAAGGAGUUUAAAAGUCUUCACCUCAAAACGGAAGUGGCAGCGCUCUUUGACCUGCAUUGGUUCGGUGCUCACGCUGAGGCCCAUCUCCGAGCUCCUGGAUGCCCCACUCAGAGACACUGCCAUAACCGUCCCACGAGAGCCACAGGAGCACAGCAGCAGCUCCUUGAGCAGCAGCUCAUCAUCAGAGUACGACGAGGCGGACUCCUGGGACUUCUUCCAGCACCAAAGCCCAACCGAAGAGGAGGAAGAAGAGACAGAGGAAGACUAUGACCCCCUAAUAGAAAGAGACCAGAUCCCAGAGCCCUUCACCAAACUCCGCUUACACGAAGAGGAAGAGGAGGAAGUCACACUGGGUGAAGAAGAGGAUGAGGAGGUGAGCGGGAGGAUGAGUGUAUUGGAGAGGAGCAUGAGCCGGCUGUCAAUUGGGUCCUCAGAGAUGUCGUUCCAACAGACACCGCAGAGGGAGCGUCGCAUCAGCAGGGACAGCAGUCCAUCCCUCUACUUGUCUGAAGGUGACGAGGGCUCGGGGAGUGAUGGGGGUCGCAUCCCUCGUGGCAGCGUAAUACGGAGCACCUUCUACAACACUUCUCAGCAGCUCUCCCCCAUGUCCGCUAGGCACAUGACACUACGGGACAAAUUCCAGGCCAAGAAGCAGGAGAGGGGUCGCAAGCCUCUCCGCAGGAGCCUGUCGGGACGCUUGAAUGAGCCUCUCAUUGAGUAUGUGGAGGAUGAGACGGAAACCAGCCGGGGCCAGAGAUGGGGGUCUGUCCAGCCCGCCAUGCUGAAGUCCUGUUCCUUUGACAGUGGCGUGGGUCUCACCCACUCUAAAUUACCUUCUCAUAGGAGGAGCAGAUCCCUCGAUGAGUUUUCUCAACGAUCUCCCAUCUCACCCCAGUGCGAGAAGCCAGGUGAUGAAGAGGGAACUCAGAGUCUGAGGGAGGAUUUCACAGAUGAUGAAAUGGUAGGAAGAACCUUGCUGGCCCUGCCAGGUGCUGGUUGGACCCCCAGGAGAAGAGGUUCUGUUGCACCAACACAAAGGCAUCCCAUGGCUGUUGGACUAUCUCUUGGCUCAAGAAGCCCCAGGCUGGAUCAGUACCUCACAGAGGGAGAGAAUCUCACCAGCUCCCAGGGAUCCCUCACUGAGUCAUAUAUCCUGGAACACGGAGGUUCAGAGUCCUCCAGUCGACUCGGUUCCUGCGAGGAACUGAGCCAUGGUCGUUUUGCAGACAGAUACACUACUGGAGAAGGAGGAUGUUAUGAUGAGCAGGAGGAGCCUCUGACUCCCCCACAUUCUUUGCAACAGAUGGAGAAAGAAUUCAAACCCAGGAGCUUGUUUCCUCAGGCACCACCAAGGAAUCGUACACGCUCCAACCCUAACUUAACCUCGAGGAGCAAAAGUCAUCUGGAGAAUAUCCUCCCGGUGAACCCCAGCCCUAGCCCCAGCCUCUCUUCUCUCCAGGCCCCGGAAAGGCCUCCCAGGGCCCGUGACAAGAAGGAAGGUCAGGGCCUCCAGAGACAUGCAUCAGCUCCUGCCCUCGAAGCCAGACCUCCUACAGGAAGAUCACCAAAACUGGGACUGCUGAAGCUCUUCCGUAGGCAGUCUUGGACUGGACAUUCCUACUCCGAGCUGGAGGACACAGAGUUGGGACCCACCCUUGGGGACAUCAUGAAGCCAGACACCCCCACCAUGUCUCUGAGGAAGAGGAUGAGAGCUUCAGCCUCCAGUCUCACCAAGCUCUUCACCAGAUCCUCCAGUAAGGAAGGCUUGAGUAAAGGAGGACCAAUAGUAAAAGCCUUAUCUCCCACCUCACCUUAUAAGGAGCGGAGCACUGGCAUUGAGAGUCCCAAAAAGAAGGCUUCCAAAUUCUUGUCCGCCUUCAAAAUACCUGCAUUCAAGAAGACUAAAGAUGUGCCAUAUCGCCCAAACAGAGCCGAUGUGAUCCAUUUGGCAGGAGGUGGGCUCCUGUUGGUGUGGAAGCCUGUCCAGUCCACUGACCCUCCUGUUUAUUGUGUUCAGUGCUGUACAGAGGGUGGGGAGUGGAGGCUGCUGUCAGAGGACGUGACAGAUUGCUGUUAUGUGGUGAAGGAUUUACCCAGAGGGUCUUCACACGUCUUCAGGGUAGGCUGCAUCUCCAAGACCGGGGCAGGACCCUUCAGUGACCCUUCCAGCCCUGUUGUCAUAGCCACUCAUCCUGAAGAGAUUCACAUUCCUCUCAUCCAGACUGAGUCACCGGAGACAAAGGUUGGCGGGUCAGGACGACCGCCUCCCAACAAAACUUACAACUUCCUCUCAGAGAUCAGCAGGGGUCGCUUCAGUGUGUUAACUCAGUGUCAGGAUGAACAGAGUGGGCAGAUGUUUGCCGCCAAGAUCACACCCUACAAGCCGGAGCAGAGGCAGAUGGUGCUGAGAGAGUACCGGCUGCUGAGGAGGCUCCACCACCCGCACCUGGUCCAGCUGCACCAAGCCUACAUCACCCCCCAUUACGUGCUGCUGGUGGAGGAGCUCUGCCCUGACAUGGAGCUGCUCUACAGCCUGGCCCAGCGGGAUCUGUAUGCUGAGGUGCACGUAGCAGAGUUGCUGGUUCAGAUCUUGAGUGCUGUGGACUAUCUGCAUGGCCGGCGGGUCAUCCACCUGGACCUCAAGUCUGACAAUGUGCUGGUGAAUGACCGCAAACAGUUAAAGAUCGUUGACUUGGGCUCAGCCCAGUCCUUCAUCCCUGGCCAGCCGCUCAACAUUGAACACAUUCAGGGCCUGUCUGAGAACAAAGGGUGCAUUGUCCUUCCCAAAGCUCCAGAGAUCCUUGAAGGACAGGGGAUCGGACCAGAGACAGACAUUUGGGCUGUAGGGGUUCUGGCUUUUAUUAUGUUGAGCGCAGACAGCCCGUUCCAUUCAGAGCACAGCCGGGAGCGAGACAGGAACAUCAGGAAAGGCAAGAUCCAGUUUGGACGUUGUUAUCCGGGUCUCUCAGAAGGAGCCAUCAAUUUCAUGAAGAACAGCCUGAACAACAAAGCCUGGGGGAGACCGACAGCAGCCGAAUGUCUGCAGAACGUGUGGGUCCGCAGCAGCCGGGCUCAGACCAAACGCAUAGACUCCAUGGUUUGUUUCUCCACCGACAAACUCAAAGCGUACCUCAAAGAGAGGGAGACCAAGCGAGACCAGGUCCGCACCAAGAUUCAGGGUCCUUUCUUUCAGUGA